AUGUUUGGGGUGAUGGUGGGGUAUGUUUGGGUGGAUGGUGGGGUACUGUUCCUCGGGGUGAUGGUGGGGUAUGUCCUUCGGGGUGACUGGUGGGGUAUGUUCCUCGGGAGGUUUGCGUGGGGUUUGGCUGGGGGUUUGGCUGAGUUUGGCCGGGGUAUGGCGGGGUUUGGGGGGGGUUUUUAUCUGACGGUUAGUGGGGGGUUUUGUUGGUGGUUUGGCUGCGGUUUGGCCGGGGUAUGGUGGGGGAAUGGCGGGUUUGGAAACGGGUUCUCCUGGAUGGUUUUGUCCACUUAA